UCGGACAUGCGCUGAACACAACAAACGAUUCUCUUUAAGAACAUCUCUCUCUUCUCUCCACUUCUUUUUCUCUCUCUUUUAAUCGAUGGCAGCUUCGGUUGAUCCUUUGGUGGUUGGAAGAGUGAUCGGAGAUGUGUUGGACAUGUUCAUCCCCACCGCCAACAUGUCUGUUUACUUUGGCCCCAAACACAUAACUAACGGCUGCGAGAUCAAACCCUCCGCUGCAGUCAACCCUCCCAGAGUCAUCAUCUCCGGCAACUCCAAUGAGCUUUACACUCUCGUGAUGACUGACCCGGACGCACCUAGCCCGAGCGAGCCAAACAUGAGAGAAUGGGUCCAUUGGAUUGUCGUGGAUAUCCCCGGAGGCACCAACCCCUCAAAAGGAAAGGAGAUAUUGCAAUAUAUGGAGCCGAGACCACCGGUGGGAAUACACCGUUACAUAUUUGUACUUUUCAGGCAGAACUCACCGGUGGGUAUGAUGGUGCAGCAGCCGCCUUCGCGAGCCAACUUCAGCACCCGAAUGUUCGCUGGACAUCUCGAUCUUGGUUUACCUGUGGCCACAGUUUACUUCAAUGCCCAAAAAGAGCCAGCUUCACGCAGACGCUGAUGCAUGUCAACCAAAAUAAAAGAGAGCCUUUUCCGGUUUCACCUAAAAACCGGACCGGAAAGAAAUAUGGAGUUUAUAUAUCAAACCAUAUUUUGUAUUCUCCGGUUCUUGACUAUAUAUAUAUGUAGAUGCAUAUACAAUUUAUACAAAUAUGUUUAUGUUUUUGUGUUAUACUAAGCAGGACUGAUACUAAGUGGCUUGCGUAUAAUAUAUGGUUUUCGUUUCUUUGAUAAACUUAAAUAAUAAUUUAAUAUAUGUAUACUGCUUUUCUUGGUGAUCUUAGCCUUCUUGUCCUAUGAACCGCAACAGCUCGUUUCAGUUCUAAAAGAGAGUUUCAGCUAUUUCCUUCUCCCUGUUCUCAGUCUUUUAUGGUUCCAAAAUCAUCAAGUCUUAACAAUCGUGUUCGUUAGAGUUCGGUGUAGAACAUCCACUGUUUCGCUAUUGGUCUCAGAAGAAGCCUUGAGUACUUGUAACACACCAGUUAUUCGGAACCAGUGAGGGAUUAAGCUGCAACACGCGUU